AUUUUGAUCCAGAAAUAACCUUUUCAUUUUCCAGAAUUCUCAGUGACAAUUAUUUGAGUGAAUUACAGAAGGAUUCAUUUGAAAGCCUGCUAUUCCUCCAAUAUUUAGAUGUAUCCUGCAAUAAAAUACAGUCUAUUGAAAGAUGCACAUUUGAACCACUACCUUUUUUGCAGUUUUUAAAUCUUGGUUGCAAUUUACUCACAGAACUCAGCUUUGGAACAUUUCAGGCUUGGCAUGCAAUGCAGUUUUUACACAAGUUAAUUCUCAAUCAUAAUCCUCUGACAGCUGUUGAAGAUCCUUAUCUUUUUAAAUUGCCAGCUUUAAAAUAUUUAGACAUGGGAACAACACAAGUGUCACUUACAGCAAUCGAGAACAUCCUCAUGAUGACACUCGAGUUGGAAAAAUUGAUUUUACCUAGUCGAAUGGCCUGCUGCCUCUGCCAAUUUAAAAAUAAUAUUGAGGUUAUCUGCAAGACAGUCAAACUGCAUUGCGACAGUGAAUGUAUGACAAACACAACACGCUGUGAUGAGGAAGCAUCUCUAGCAGAUGCAGAAGGAGCGUUCAUGCAGGCAUUACAAGCCCGGAAGAAGAAUAGCAGCACUGAGCUGACUAUUGAGCCAGAGAAACCAUACUCGGACCAAAAUGGCGUCAGUUUGUCAGCUUUUAUGAAUGAACAGCUCGACUUUAACGAUGAAACUGAUGUUAUUGCUGCACUGAAUUAUAUAUUGCCUUAUUUCUCAGUGGGAAAGCUAGAAGAUGUAGAAUCAAUAUUAUUACCAUUCAUUAAAGUGCUUUUGUCAAAUCCAUGGGAAAACAGCCUGGCAAAGAUUCAGAACGCAAGUGUAGGAAAAAAGCUGCGAAGAGUGAAGAUAGUCAUCAAGGGGCCAAAGGGCAUCCGGAAAAGGCAGUUGAAACAAAUGGGAAAAAGGAGCAUCAAGAGGAAAUGGGGUGCCCAGCCAUUUGUGGAGAAUAUUGACAAAGAAAGAAGGCCCAGGAGGCCAACCCCUAGGGAGCUGGGACAGCUUCGCUUGAUGCGGAAGCCAAGGAAGUUAGAGGGAAACUCCUUCGAUGCUGAGCCUUCAUUCAUACAGGAACAUAAGGCAGCAAUCUCUUCUCCCCUGAAACAAUACUUGAUGGGCAGGCCUUCUACCUCCAUCCCUCCAAGAACCCUACCUGAGGUUAGAAAUAAGUCGAAAGACUUAUCCUAUACCCUUUUUGUUUUAGAAAAUGCAAAUGCUAGAGUUAAAAACAUGAAGGCUCCUAAAUCAAUCUCACGUUCCAGGAAAAAUUACCUCUUUCCUAAAGCUCGCUCUCAUGCAGUUCACAGGACACUCAAGGCCAGACAAAGUCAAAAGUUCAGAAACAAAGGUUCACUCAAUAGACUUAUGAUUGGAAAGAGACCUCCUUUCUCUGCGGUGAGGAGCCUCAUAAAUUCCCCUGCACAAGAGGCUUUUUCAUCUUCAGGAGAACUAAGUUCUCAGGAGACUCCUUUUCCAGAAGCAUUUGGUUUUUCAGAAUCUCCCACAGAAAAUGCUGCUCCAGAAAAUGCUAGUGUAGAAAGCACUUUUGUAGACCAUGCUUAUGCAGAAAACACUACCAUGAUAGAAGAGUCUACACCUAAAAGUCCUGCCUUUAGGAAUUCUUCCACUGCAAAUUCUGCUAUGACUGGAGGCAACUUAAUGUUAACAGUUAACCGAACCAAUGAAACACAGUGGGAAUACCAUAACCUGGGCACGGACUUAUCCUCCAAGCCCAAAGGCUCCACUCUCCCUUUCUUCCCAUCCCCAGGUGAUAAAUUUGAAACUCAGCUAAACCAGCAGCUACGGUCUCUCAUCCCCAACAACGAUGUGAGAAGGCUCAUUUCUCAUGUUAUCCGGACUUUGAAAAUGGACUGCUCUGAGCCCCGUGUUCAACUGGCCUGUGCAAAGCUCAUCUCCAGAACAGGCCUCCUGAUGAAGCUUCUCAGUGAGCAACAGGAAGUAAAGGUGUCCAAGGCAGAGUGGGAUACAGACCAGUGGAAAACUGAGAACUACAUCAAUGAGAGCACAGAAGUCCGGAGUGAACAAAAAGAGCAAGGGUCCAGGGAGCUCACAAAAGAAGUUCCAGGAUAUGGCUAUAACAAGAAACUCAUCUUGGCAAUGUCUGUCACUGUGGUACUGAUGAUUUUGAUUAUAAUUUUCUGUCUCAUUGAGAUUUAUUCUCAUAAACUAGCAUCAGAGAAAGAUAAAGAGGAAGCCCCAAGGGUGUCCAGCACCUCAGCAGAGAAGACUACAAAGACUAGAGAGAUGACCGAAGAGUCGGGUGAGGAGAGUGAGACAGCGGAGGAGACCACCACCGAGUGAGCCCCAGCCCUCAGGCCUCCUGCAGAUUGUAUUUAUUGCUUGUAAAAUACCUAUUUUUUGUAAUAAAAUCUAUAAUGAAUUUUA